GAGCAAUCAUUUUCAGUGCAUAUUGUAUGCGGAAAAUUUUGUGUUUGUAAAUUAACAAGACUGGCAACAUAGUUCUCAACAGAAUCUGUAAAAAAAUGUGUCAUGUGGAUUAAGUGGACUAAAUUUUAGAAAUUUAAAGCAGAAAAUUUAAUUAUAAAAAUGUCUCCUAAUCCAACUAAUGUUGAAUCCGUUCUAUAUGAAAAUGAGUAUGAAGAAUUACUCCAUCGGAAAUUAUUGAAAGAGAAAACUAAGACUAAUCCACCACUCCGAAAGAGAAAAUACGAAUAUAAUUGGCUAUUUAUUCUGUUUCUUACUGUAUUCCAUAUUCAAGCAAGUUAUGGAAUAUAUUUAUCAUUUACAUCAGCAAAACUGUUAACAAACGUUUUCGCAAUUGUUUUACACUUGGCAGCAUUCUUUGGCGCCACAGCUGGAACACAUCGUUUAUGGUCACAUCGUUCAUAUAAAGCGACAUGGCAAUUGAAAUUAAUAUUUAUGAUCUUACAAACUCUCGCAUUUCAGAACUCCAUUUACAUAUGGUGUCUAGAUCAUCGAAUGCAUCAUAAAUAUAGUGACACAGACGCUGAUCCACAUGAUACGAGACGUGGAUUUUUUUUUGCUCAUAUAGGUUGGUUAAUGGUUAAGCCACAUCCAGAACUAGUGGCUAAACGAAAAUUGAUUGAUAUGUCGGAUUUGAAAAAUGAUCCUUUUGUAAGAUUUCAGAUAAGAUAUUACUUGCAAUUGGUGUUUUUAUUAUUCGCUUUUUUGCCAACGAUAAUUCCUUGGUACUUUUGGGAUGAAAGCCUUACAAACGCAUGGUUUGUUGCUGUCUGUUUGCGUUACAUGGUUACAGUUCAUCUCUUUUUGUUGAUAAAUAGUUGGGCCCAUCGUUGGGGUACCCAACCAUAUGACACCGGCAAUAGUGGCUAUGAAACUUUAACUGUCGCAUUGCUAACUAUGGGUGAAGGUUGGCAUAAUUACCAUCAUGCAUUUCCAUGGGAUUAUAGAGCUGGUGAAUUAAGUAGUGGUCUUGCGAAUUCCACAGCGUUUUUAUUGAAACUGUUUGCUAAAAUUGGUUGGGCUUACGAUUUGAAAACUGUUUCCGAUGAUAUGAUAAAAAAACGUACUAAUCGAACGGGCGAUGGCUCGCACUCGACUUCAAUUUGGGGCUGGGGUGACCGUGAACAGUCUGAUGAGAAUAAACGAUUUGUAACUAUUGAAAAUUAAUAGUUUUCUACUCAAUUUUUUAGUUUUCUGCUCAAUUUUUGAAUUAAAUAUUCAAUCAAGUUAAAUAAAACAAACUUGGGUGAAAGAAAUCUUCAUCUCUCUUUAUCAAAAGAAAUUGGCAUAACUUUUGUUGACCAGAAUACUAUCUUUUUAAUUCCACUUAUUGUAUUUAUUGAUUGAUAACAGUAAAAUUUAUUUUCAAUGA